UGUCUAAUGAUUUAAAAGUAUCUUAUAGAAUUGAAAGUCGCUUUAACUGCUCUUUAUUUGAUCGUUUGCCUUAGCUUUGUUAUAGUAUUAAAACAUGUGGCUUACGGGCGUGCACGUCUUGAAAGAUUGGCCCUCGGGCUAAAUUAAAAUGUUGGUUUUGUUUAUGUUUGGAUAAUAUCCAUCUUCACCGGAAUGUUCGAUGAAGUGGGUCUGUUAGAGAGGUAACGGGGUGUUGAAGAUGUGCGACGUUGAUGCAUGGAAGGGUGCGCCUUCUUACUCCCUGAAUUUAACUUUGUUUAACCCUUCAGCAUAGCUCGCCGACUCGAAAAUCUUUUCUCCUCAGGAUAUAAUUGAGUAUAAAUAUGGUGAAUACUUUCACAGCAAGAUAUUUUCCGUCGCAUUAGAUCAUAUAUAUUUUAAUUUGUUACAACGUGCAUUCAAUUAUUUCGCCCAUUGUGCCAAAGUUAGCUUUUUUGGGAAAUUCUGCUUCACUUCCCAAAAUUUAACUGAGUGCGAGAUAGGCUGCCAACGUCGCAAAAGUCAUUAUCUGAAAUGUUGGAACCGGCUAAUUCUGCCAAUUUCACUAUCGCCGCAUUGUUGGGCUCGGCAAGGCCACAGCAAGAACUGAUAAGGGAAUCAACAGUAUUUCACGAUCAGAGUCUCCACGGACCAACAGAUCACCGCAGUGGUUUUCGUUCAAUGAUAGAAAGUGACGAGGAAGACGAUCAGGAAACUGGCAUCCAAGAUAACCGGAAUGCGGUGACCAAAGAAGAAGAUAUUAGGGACUCAAAAAGCACCAGAAAGUCGGCCAAAACAAGAAGGAAAAGAACAGCGUUUACAAGUUUUCAAUUGAAAUGUCUCGAGGAAAAAUUUAUGAUGAAUAAGUAUCUUACCAUUGCUGAGAGGGAUAUGCUGGCAAAGUCUCUUCAACUCAGCAACAAACAAGUCAAAACGUGGUUUCAAAAUCGUCGUACCAAGUGGAAAAGAGAAAAUGUCGGAGAAGCGAUUCACUUGGCUUAUGAAAUACAAAGAAGCAGUAUUGGACCUUAUCACCCUUCUUGGGUUCCUAUUUGUCACUGCCCACCGCCUCCCCCAAUCUACAGAAUGAACACAAUGUACUCUUGUCCACCACCAGCAUUUAUUCCACCUCAUGGAGCUCAAUAAUUUGUAGCUGACAAAAAAAAAAAACAGCACGUGUAUGUUUCCUUGUGUUUUGUUUCUAUAGUUUGGAAUUUGUAGUGUAUAUAGAGUCGAACAAAUAGCAUAGAACUCACUUAAGGAUUGCCACUGUAAGUGUUUGUUUCUUUACUUCUUUGUGUGUUCGUUUGGUCGUUUGUUGGUUGGUUUGUAAAUAAACUAAAACUGACGUUUCAUAGCGAAAUGCUAAAAGGAAGAGUGUGUUAUUAAUUAUUUUCAGUGGUAAAUUGUUCAGUAAUCAAUAACUGUCAGAAAACUUAACAGUGUGUUGUAGAUGCUGUUUGUAUUGAAAUUCAGCUGAAGGACUUGUUAAAAAUACUGAACGUGAUCCCGGUAUUGAAGAGAUGGUUAUACUCAUUGCAAGACUAAAUUGAAUAUGGAAUAAAUGACGAGAGUAAGUGUAGCACCAGCUUUCGACCGGGUUAUUCGCAAAAGGAGUGAAUUAAGUCUUAACUUCAUUACUGUCCUAACUGUGCUUCGGUCUGGUCACGCCUUAUUUAUGAACUGCUAAAUAGUUAACCAUGCUAUUCCUACAAGUAUUCGCACGAGUAUUCCUAGAAGUGACCUUUACCGUCCUCAGUCAUAUCCAGUACUUUUCAAACAUUUUUGGCAUUAGUAUAGAUAUACAAGCGAGAUUUUUACAAUUAUCAUUACAGUCUUUCGCAUUUUAUAGCAAAGAUAAUGCUUCUCUUUAACUGAUCUGAGUUGAAAUAAACUUAAGUUAUGUAUAUUAAUUGUUAAUCAGCCUGAUAAAUAAAUCACUUGAAAAUGUCCUAUCUUGCUACUACUAUUUUCCUCUUGUAACUGAAGAUAGGUGUGUUCUUGUUCAAGUUCCCGAUAACUAAAAUAUAAACCCUAUAGCUUAGGAGGUAAAAUAACAUCAGUUGUAUACAAAUUGUAGGUCUUUUCCACGGCAAUGUUGUUUUUUCAUUUACUCUCAAUGAGCAGUACCGUUGCUUUUCUCACCCCCUUGCCACAUGUAUAAAAAGUUUCAAUUUUUACGUUAUUUUUUCCGCACGAUUAGGGUUUAACUAGGGUGUAGGGUAAAAGUUACAAUGUCUCGAAACAGGAGGACUAAUACAAUUAUAGUUUUAUUCUGGUUAUGAAAUGUACUUAGUCUGGAAAUAAGCAAAAAUGUCAGCGGCAGUAAAAUCUUGGGUAACUAGAUCAGGGUCAAGGGAACUAAACAAAGUGAGGGAUGUUCAAUUACAGCUGCUAACGCCAUGCUCUUGAAUUUUUUGAAUUUUGUCCCGCCCACAUAUGAGGCCAA